CUCAAAUUCCUUCGUCCUGCAAACAAAAUUCUCGAUCUCGGCGAUUUCAUAAGCAAAAUCAGACGAAUUAGCGCAAAAUUCCGACGAAUUCGAAAGCGAAAAAGAGUAGCAGAGUCAUGGAAUCGGAGCAGAACGAUGAGUACAGAGCGAUCUUGAUCAAUUUCGAGCAGACAGAGCUCCGCCUCGGCUUGCCCGGCGGCGACGGCGGCGAAACCAGCGGCGGGAAGAGUAGUUCGGCGGCGAAGAGAGGUUUCAUGGAAACUGUGGAUUUGAAGCUUAAUCUAUCGUCGUCAAUGGCGCCGGAGAAGGAGGAGGCGACGAAUUUGGAAGAGACUAAAAGCUCUUCGCAACGGCCUAACGAUUUCGCUAAGCCUCCUUCCAAAGCACAAGUAGUCGGUUGGCCACCGGUUAGAUCAUCAAGGAAGAAUUUGGGGGCGCAGAGGACCGGCGGGGAAGACGGCGGCGGCGCGUCGUUCGUGAAAGUUAGCAUGGACGGCGCUCCUUAUUUACGUAAGGUGGACUUGAAGCUAUAUAGUAGCUACAAAGACCUUUCCCACGCGCUUGCCAAAAUGUUUAGCUCUUUCACCAUUGGAGGAACGUGCGAGUCGGAAGGAAUGAAGGAUUUCAUGAGCGAAAGAAAAUUAGUAGACCUUUUGAACGGUUCAGAAUACGUACCGACUUAUGAAGACAAAGAUGGAGAUUGGAUGCUCGUCGGCGAUGUGCCAUGGGAGAUGUUUGUCGAUUCAUGUAAACGUUUACGGAUCAUGAAAGAGUCUGAAGCCAUUGGACUCGCACCAAGAACAAUGGAGAAAAGCAAGAACAGAAGCUGAGGUGUUUUUAUUUAUGAAAAUUUGUUUGAUAUUUACCGAUUUAAAUUUAUUUUCUAAUUAUUAUAUAUUAAGAACAAGAGGGGUUUAUGUGCAAUUUCUAAUUAUUAUAUAUAUUGAGUUUGUAAGGACUUAUAAAAUAUAACAUUAGCAUAGAGGGGUUUAUCUGCAAUUUCUACUUAAUAUUUUACAUAUUAUGCUG